UCUAUUCCAUGGACACCCAAGUUCCUGCCAUUCUGCAAAAUUCACACACUCCACAAACACAGUUGUGAAGGCACUCGGCUGCCAAUUUCCCCUUCCCAAAUAGGACACCUUUGCAGUAGAGAAACAGUGAGUGUUUUGUGCAUGCUACAGCAGUGCAGAAACACAGAGAAACUAGAAGAUGAGAUACUGAAUAUGUACAGAAUUCUGCUUCCUAAGAAUUGUAGCGGAUCCUCAUUUGAAGAACGAAAACAUCUGCAUGCCUGCAGUUUAGAAAAGGAUCAGAGGUAAUAAGAAUAGAAUAGGACGUCCCUAUUUUCAUCAGAGAAAUGUUGGAGGGUAUGUGUUUCUGCCCCUCUGAUUUAAUUCUCACAGCAAACCUUUGAUGUAGGUUAGUCUGAGAAGCAGUGACUGGUCCAAGAUAAGCCAGUGGGCUUCAGGGCUGAGUGGGGAUUGGAACCCUUGUCUCGCAACCCUCUAGUCCAACCCUCUAAGUAAUACUCCACACAGGCUCUUUGCUCCCUUCUCCAAACAGAUACCCAUCUCUUUCCUCUUCUCUCAGGCUCCAGGACCGCCUCAAUGCUGACUCUCAUCGGAACAGCCCUUUUCCUCCUGGUGCGUCCUGCCUUGCCCGACGACACGGUGGCCGACGACAUUGGCAGCCACAUGAUGGGCCGCAUCUCGGAGCUCCUGUCCCCCGAGGAAUGCCAGGCCUUCUACGCCAAGCUCCUUGGGCCUGAGGAGAACGUGAACGAAGAGUUGCAACGGCUCUCGGCAGAGAGGAACCCCAUUCGCAGGCGGCGGGAAAUCAUCACCAGCGAGGACUGCAAAGCCACCCUCAAUGGCUGGCUGGAGACUGAAGGGGACACCAUGUAUUGGGACCGCUUGGCGAGGGCUCUCCAAGCCGUAGGCCGCCCUGACGUCUCCCUGGAGCUGGGCAAGAACCUCAACCAAGACAAGAGUCUGGAGAUCAAGAAGAAUGUGGAGGGAUAUCACAAGACGGUCCAGCGCUUGACCUCUUCGCUGCUCCUGGAAGAGAACGAGAUGGGUGGGAGCGAGGAGCCAGGAGGCCGGCUGCGGAGGGAGGGAUCUCAGGCCCAGCUGGAAGAGGUAGAUUGGGACAAUUUGGAGCUGAUUAUAGAGAGGAGGCCCCUCCCACCAUACAACAGGAGUCUCUUUCAGUGGGUCACUCCAGUGGUGACGGGGGUCGUCGGGGGAUUCCUCUCGUCCUUCGUCGUGGUGGCUCUAGCCGUCUAUUCUUUCUUCUGGAUCCUGAACCAAGAAAGUGCCACCCCCACGACGCACAACUGGGACUCUGUGCCCGAUAUGAUUUUCCGCUCCCCUUCGCCCAAGCGUGGGGCCAUCUACUACUCAUUCGAUGGUCUGGGGUAUGGUCAGCAGUUCGAUGGUCUGGGGGAGCGUGGUGACAAGACGGAAGAUUACGGCAAUGAUGACGAUAACAAAGAAGACUGGGAAAGAGAGCCCAUUGUUAGGCCUUAAGUAAAGACAACCUUACUGCAACUUGUAUUAUGGAGAAUGGAGAUUAAAAAUAAAACAUGUUUGCUU